AUGUCCGACAGUUUGUGUCCCACGUCAAUGUUCAGCUCUCCAGACACCAGAUGGGGUGUGACUAGCAUGGCCACGGGACUCAGUCAACUGACCGGCAGUACAGUUACCAUGAGCGGUUACAACCAUCAGAACUCGUCACUCAGUUCCGUGCCGAUCACGACGAUGGCUACCAAUGCUCAGAAUAUGUAUCAAGCGCACUAUGGUCUCAAUUCACUAGGUGAUUCAAACAAAUGGCGAUUUUCCAAAGAUCAAUUCAAACCCUAUCCAGCUGACUCUCAGUUAUUUUGA